AUGAAGUACAUUACAAUCCUUUUAUUUUAUAUAUGUAGCACAAUACAACUAUGCCUAAGCAGAGAAAUAGACACCGCACUCCUAUCCAAUGAACAGGUUGAUGAAAAUAAGAGUACAGAUGAGAAACCAGAUUUCCCAUUUACCACGGUGAUAGAUAUAUUAUCAUCUAAUGUUCAAUUUUCCACAUUUUUGAGACUUGUUCAACGAAGUGGUAACAUCAACCAUUUAAACGAUUUACAAAAUUUUACACUAUUUGCACCAGUCAAUUCUGCAUUUGUUGGUUAUGACGAAAACAUUAACAUUUCUGCGUUUGAUAUUAAUGAUUAUAUAUUUCAUAAUUACAUGGUGCACACUGAAGAUCUCAUAAAUACCACACGAAUAAUAUCAGAAGGUGUCAAAUAUCCAUAUGUAAUCGGACAAUCAUGGGAUAGUAUGACUAAGACACGUUUCAAGAUAAACAGAAUACCAAUAGUUGAACCUGAUUUAACGCCUAAUUUCCAAAAUGCAACGGUUCAUGGUAUAUUGAAUAAUCUUAAAGAACCGUUGUCCUUAUCAGACGUUAUCACGGACGAAAAUUAUCAAUUACACGAUCAGUUAGACUUGACUUUUGAAAAUUUAAAAAGACUUAUAGGUAAGAUCCCAGAAUCUGACAAACUAAUUGAUUAUAAUACAGUGAUUAUACCAUCUGAUGAUUCUUUUGAACGUCAUCUAAAUUCUGUUGAACUAAAAUAUUUGCUGGACUCAUAUAAUAAUUUAGACAGAAUGCAGAGACCGGUACGACAGAAAUGGAUAAAUCAUAUGGAAUCAAUGUAUCGUAACCUUAUAUAUAAAGGUAUUCAUGGGGGGUCCAUAAUAAAAUCAGAGAUUCUAACUAAUUUGAAUAAUGAUUCAAUAUCAUUUGGGAGUAAUAAACAGGGUACUCGUCAUUCUUCAAACAUUACAACUGAUUCAUUAGUAUCUAAUGAAAUAUUCAAUUCUGGUGUCGCACAUUUUUACGAAGAUAUGGCUAUUCUAACGAAGGAUAUUGCAUUUGAUGCGGAAAACUAUUUGCAUGGUUUGAAUUGUUCUGGAUUUGUAAGCGAAAUGUAUUUUAGAAACAUUGAAAGCAUGAUUCAAAAUAGAGAUGAUACUGAUGAGAAGAUGACGAUUUUUGUUCCAGAGUCUAAUCAAAAUGAUGGGAUGGGUUUCACAAAAUCUACUUUACUUUAUCAUUUCAUGAAUGAACAAGUAUGGCUAGAGGAAGAUUUCCCUGUGCUAAGUAGAGGUGAAUCCUUUACGAAGAUAUUCAACUCUUCAUUCUGUUCAUCGGUCAAGAAAUUAGGCAACAAUUGUCAAAGGGUUAAAAUUACUAAACGUGGAGACGGGUAUUGGAUUAAUGACAAAUUAAAAAUUACUCUAUCAAAACCGUAUAUCGUUGGGAAUAAAUUAAUAUAUACCUUCUCGGGUGAUUUGACUACACCUGGCGAUCUGAUUUUAUCAGUACCGCCAUUUUCACAUUGUUCCAAAUCGAUAUCAUUCUUGAGGCAACUGAACUUAUUAGAAUUAAUACCAAAUCAUGAAGGUUAUACUGUUUUGUUACCAUGUUUUAAUUCAUGGGGUUCGAUAUCCUUAACUAUGGACUUGGUUGAGAGAGAUUUAUCACUGAUGGAGGAGGUAAUGAAAAAUUACAUCCUUAAUGGGUUAUAUUAUACGGAUAUGGACGAUGUAUCACUAGAUACAACGAAUAUAUUAGGUAACAAGGUCCAAUUAAAGACUACGGAUGAUCAAAACGAUUCCAAGAAUAUUGAACUUGAGUUGAAUACGAUGUUUGAUAAUAUUACCCUUGUUAAAACCGAUGAUAUAUUUUUUAAUCAAGGUGUCCUACAACCCUUCCAAAUGAUGGAUCUACCUAAGUCGGUUAAUAUUUCUAUAAAGCAACUUAUCGAAGUGACAGAUUCUUCCGAAAUAAUAACGUUUUUAAAUAAAUUUGAGGACUUAUCUCAUAAAUUAUUUCAUAGAUCACCAGAAUCUGAUUUAUAUUCCAUUCUAAUACCUACUUAUUCUUCGCUAAUAUUUGAAGAUAUUAACAUUAAUUCCACAACAUUGGAAAAGUUUUUAAAACUACAUAUAAUUAAAGGUAACGAAACUGCAGGGUUGAUCAAUUGUACUGGUGACAUAAAAACAGAUUUAGGACAAACCUUAGAAUGCAGAAAAGUAUCCGAUACUGAAUCAUUUCUUAAGAUAAAGGGUGGCUCUGAUAAUGAAGUAAGAAUAUUGAAAAAAGGGUGUUCUACCACACGAAACAAGGAUAUCAACCAGAGAGCAUGUGUAUUUUUAAUUGAUAGGCCGUUAUCAUUAAGUUGGACUAAUCGUUAUAAUUAUCAUUUUUCGUUUCCAUUAAUGGCAAUUGCAACAGGUGCUGUGAUAGGUGUGUUAUUUGUGAUGAGUUUAUUCUGUUGCAUGGUUGUUCUGAAAGUUGGGAAAGACCCUUCACAUAGGCAUGGAGAAUCCAAUGACGAAGAACAGGCAAGAGAUGAACAUGAUCCAAGAAGGCCAUUAUUAUCAGUUAGUAGUAAUAAUGUGCGCAGUUAUACAAACCAGCAUAGAAUGAUUAGAACACCGAAUGGACUUAAUGGAGCAGUGACUGGAUCGAAUGAAAAUUCUUCAAAUACUAGCGUAAUACCAAAGCGUAGUUCAAAGAGUGCAUCACAAGCAUAUUCUACCAAUUCGACUGCAACUCCAAUAAACGUGUCACCAAGAAAUUAA